AUGGAUAUUUUACUGGGCACAGCAAUUCGUAAGCGUGCAUUGAUAUGCAAAGAUAAUGACGGUGUAACACCAAUCCAUGCGGCUGCAUCCAGAGGACAUUUGGACUGCUUGACGGAAUCUAUUAAACUCAUUAAGUUCAAUGACAUAAAUGUGCUCGACAAGAAAAGCAGGACACCGUUGAUGUAUGCAGUCGGUAAUGCACAGUGGGACUGUGCCGAAGCACUAAUGGAGUAUGAGAAGGUCGAUUAUUUAUGUGUUGAUAAUAUGGGACGUGGCUUGAUGCAUAGAGCAGCGGUAAUGUGCGAUGUGAAGCAGUGUUUAACACUCAUUCAAAAGGGUGCUGACUUCGUUUGUGAGGAUCAGUUCGGCGUUACACCGCUUCAUCUUGCUGCUAAGGAAGGUGACGCAGAGCUGGUGGAAAUAUUAUUAAAUCGUAAAGCGCCACUGAAAGAAGAUGCUAAUGGUUUAACACCUUUUGAAUGGGCUGCCGCCGGAGGAAGUGUGGCUGUUUUAGAAGUUAUAAGACCAUAUCGACAUCGUUCGAAUAUUUUCAUGUCGAUACUCAUUGCUGCUUCAUGCAAUCGUUUCAAUGUUUGCAAGUAUCUUUUGGAUGAUUUGCCCGAAUGCAUCAAUGCCAUUAAUCAUUGUGGAUGGACAGCACUUCAUUAUGCAUCCCAUUCUGGGUAUACGGAUCUGGUGCGUUUACUGGUGGAUCACGGCGCGGAUGCGUCUGCGGUCGAUCUUUUACUACGCACUCCGUUAAUGUUGGCUGCGAUGAGCAGUGAAGAUCGACUGAGUUCGGUUGUUGUUGCCGGUAUCGUUUCUCAGACUCUAAUAAAUGCGGGUGCAUCAAUUGUCCUGCGUGAUAUCGACGGUAACAGUGCACUGCAUCUGGCAUGUCUAUCGAAAAACGAGGACGUCGCGCGAUAUAUCCUCAAACGUCUUGAUCCACCGCAGGAUGACGGUCAUGCUGAACACAUCGUUAAUUCAGUCAACAGUAAAAAAGAAACGUUCGAUGAGCGCGAUCGUUUACCAGCGUUAGCAGCUAUCGAGGAUGAUGAUAUUGCCGAGUGUGCAUCUUUCUUAAUCAGUAUUCUUCUUGAUAAUCCGGGUAGUGCUAGAACAAGUGCAGUCACAGAUUGUCCAUCUAGACGAAAACGAGCUUCGAUGGACACAACCGAAACGGAUAGUGAAUUUUAUUGA